GCAUGCUCUCGACUCAGUAGUAAUGACAGGCAGCAGUGGCACCAUCUUCUUCCAGAAGUUUCUUCUUCUAGAAUUUCUGCUGCCCGGCGGUGACAUGUGGAUUUUGUGGUUCGGACACGGUGUUUCAAGUUGUGUGUUUAAGUAAAAUUUAAAAAAAUCCUUUGACUUCGUUGCUAAGUCUAGAGUUGAAUACUAUGGUAGUGACCAGCGAGGGAAGCUAACCUUUCCCGUUCGCUCCGCAGCCACUGCCUCGCAGAGGCGCACAUACAGCAGGGGGACACGCUGUGGACGUGUCGCUUUCACGGAGCAGAGAGAGCAGAGAGAGUGCACGCUGCUUUGAAUGAUGCUUUAUGAAGCGAGGGGGGAAUUGACCUGUUAGUGUGAUGGGUAAAGAUUAUUACAAAGUGCUGGGGUUAGCCAGAGGUGCGUCCGAGGAUGAGAUCAAAAAGGCGUACAGAAAACAGGCCCUGCGCUUCCACCCGGACAAGAACAAGUCCCCCGGAGCAGAAGACAAAUUCAAGGAGGUCGCGGAAGCCUACGAUGUCCUCAGUGAUGCCAAGAAAAAGGACAUUUAUGAUCGCUUUGGAGAAGAAGGAUUAAAGGGUUCGGCUGGUGGUGGUGGUGGUGGAGGACACAGUCGUCCAAGCUACAACUACACCUUCCAAGGAGACCCUCACGCAAUAUUUGCCGAGUUCUUUGGAGGCCGCAGCCCAUUUGAUCAUUUCUUCUCACAGGACGGGGAGAAUGAUAUGGACAACAAUGACCCCUUUACGGCGUUUAGCAUGGGAGGAAUGGGUGGCAUGGGAGGAAUGGGAGGCAUGGGAGGCAUGGGAGGCAUGGGUGGGUUUCCCAGGUCCUUCAAAACUCACACCGCAGGUCCUCACAGGGCACGUGACAAGAAGAAGGACCCGCCUGUAUUGCACGAGCUGAAGGUGAGCCUUGAGGAGGUUUUCGCUGGCUGCACCAAAAAGAUGAAGAUUUCCCGCAAGAGACUGAACCCGGACGGCUGCACCAUGCGAAACGAGGACAAGAUUCUAACAGUCGACAUCAAACGUGGCUGGAAGGAGGGGACCAAAAUCACCUUUCCCAGGGAGGGAGAUGAAACUCCCUCCAACAUUCCUGCAGAUGUGGUGUUUGUGAUGAAAGAUAAACCUCACCCAGUGUUCAGAAGAGAGGGCUCGGACAUAAUUUACCCUGCCAAAAUAUCACUCAGAGAAGCAUUGUGUGGAUGCACAGUCAACGCCCCGACACUGGAUGGCAGGACCAUCACUGUGACCUCCAGAGACGUCGUCAAGCCUGGAAUGAAGAAGCGGAUUGUUGGAGAAGGGCUUCCAUUAUCCAAGCACCCGGAGAAGAGGGGAGACAUGAUCUUGGACUUUACUGUUAAGUUCCCAGACAAACUCGGGCAAAGCACACGUGAUGCACUCAAACAGAUCCUUCCACCAUGACUUGAGAAGAUGAAAAGUCUGUUGCUAUCGCCAGUGACGCUCUUUCUGCGUAUCGUCUAUUUUGGCCUGGAGAGUUUGAGUCAUAGGGUGGGUUUUGGUUCCAGAUGAUCACCAAAUCCAAAUUACUAACCAGUAUCCAGUCAGUGUAAUGGGUAUCUUGAGACUUGUAAACUGAUACAGCAGCUGACUGUGUGUGUGUGUGUGUGUGUGUUUGUGUGCGUGCGUGCGUGUGCGUUCAGCUGAGUGUGAGAAACAGUGUUGAGCAACAGCCUGCCACAAACUUCAGAUUCAAGUCAGUAAAGUAAUUAGGAAGUCGAUGAUGUGGUUUGGCUUCAAGGAGAAAGUGAAAAGCAGAGUUGUGUGUAAGAAGGAAUUGAACUGGUUUUUUUUUUCUUAGUAAUGAAGGAUCAGGUUUUCGCUUCAGAGGUUUAUGUGAUUGUUUUAUAGUGUCACACAACCAGCUCAUUAACACAUACCUCAGGUGCACUGAUGUGUGCUUGAAUGUUGCUAUAACUGCAUUAACUAAGACGCACACUGGAUAACAAAUUAUCCCUUGUGUUUUCUGAGAAGUUUGCUCUAACGUCUUCAGCUCUGACCAGCUCCUCCUCUUCCUGCUGCUGCUGUCCCCUGUCUCUCGCUGACCAUUAAUAGGGCUACACCUCUUGUUAGUCAUCUGGAAAAACAUACUUAAAAUGUGCACAAGCCUAAAAGGCUGCUCCGCACAUGUGAAUGCUCCUUUUAUCCACACUGUGAUUUACUGUAUAACAAUGAUACAUGUUUUCUGUUCAGGAAAGAAGGGAGUUGUUAUUUCUGCUCAGUGCAUCCAACCAUUAAAGAUGGCUCAUUUUAAAAGAAAGGAAAAAAAAAUCUUGUUUAACCAGGAGCUCACUCUACUCUUAAUUGUAAACAUAUUUGACUCUGUGCCAAUAAUUCUCUCUGUAUAAUUAUAAAAAUAGGUACGUGAGGUAUAAACGUAUGUUGAGAGCAUGCACAUCCCAUCAUAUGUGAUGAAAAUUAAUGAUUAAUUGUAAUCUAUUUACGUCAUUUGUACCCUUUGUAUGUAUGAUCAGUACACUUUGAUUUGUUACUACUCCGCUAACUUAAAGUGAGCCUUUUUUUGUUUAAUGUUUCAUGAGACAUUGUUUUUUUUUACUGAGGUUUGAAAAGAAAUGCAGAAUUAAGACCCCAGUUUAAAGGCCUACAGAAUAUAUAUUUUUAUUUAUAUAAAGUAUGUAGUUCUUAUUAUGUGGUAUAUCACAUUUCAGUGAGGAAAAAAAGAAUAACCUCUAAUGAUUGUGGUGAUGGUGGAUAGAUGUUUGCAGACCAUUUGGUUCAUUUGCACAUUUUAAGUAGUUCCAGUGUUUACUUGCAUGUGUUGUGACUGUCAGAAAGUCAUUACCUGCCUCAGCCUACUCCUGCUGGAGUUUUAUGUUUCUAAUUGACACAAACAUGUGGUCUACAUGGUUGUAGAGAUGUGUAAUCUCUGUUAAUUUCAACUUUUUUUUUGUUUAUAAAAGGAAUUAUAUAUUUUUUCUUUUAAGGAAAGAAAAAGUAUCAACGUUUUACCUGUGGUUUAUAUUAUAGUUUUUGAAAUUCCUUAGGGUGCAAUUCGGGGUUGACAUUUUUCACAACAAAUCCAUGAUUUGAUAAGCAGGUUACAUUUUUAAUAACUUUCUUAUGCUGUGAUGAUUUGCAGAUUAAAUAAACUGGCAUAUACCUUGA